CACCAACCCCACUGUGGUUACACAGGUAAUUGAAAGAACCUCUCAGUGGACAGAAGAGCUAUGGCUUUGAGGGGGAUGAUCAAGAAGCAUUGUCCUAAGAGAGACGAUUUGGACCCUCGAAAGUGGAUGAGACAGGAGACAGUGAGGGGGUUUGUUGACUAUAUACGGAACAAGCACGCAUACAAUACGGGCAACAACAAUGAAAACAAAGAGAUAAUCUUUGAUGCAGAGAAGCAGUUUAUGGAAGCAGCUAAAAGUAAUGACGUGGAGACCAUGAAGACUCUUGGAAAAGGACUGAAUGCCAAUGCAAUGAAUGAGCAUAAUAGGACUGCCCUUCACUAUGCAGUAGCUGGGAAAAACAAGGAAGCUGUGCAGUUUCUUGUGCAGCGCAGGGUCAAGGUGGACCAAAAAGACAAGUACGGCGUGGCACCCAUUCAUUUGGCUGCCUGGUUUGGCAGUUUGGAGAUCCUGAAAUUAUUAGUGAAGGCUGGGGCUGAACAGAAGGUUGAGAACGAGGAAGGACUGAACAUCAUGCACUGUGCUGCUAUCAACAACCACACUGAAAUUGUAGAGUAUAUUGUUAAUGACCUGCAGAUGAAAGAACUAGACAAAGAUGACCAGUCAGGACACGGGGCAUUUGCAUUGGCAGCAGAGCAUGGGUGUGUUCAAAUGUUAGAUAUGCUGAUGGAUCCAUACAACAUGGCCACCAUGAAGCCCAACAAGAGAGGGGACACGCCCCUGCACUUAGCUGCCACAAACGGCCACUUGGAUGCAGUCCAGCUGCUGCUGCAGCGCUUUGAUACUCGGGAUGAAGUCAAUAUGGAUGGUGAAACAGCUCUGUACCAGGCUGCAGACAAAGGCCAAGAAGAAUGUGUCCGGGCCCUUCUGGAGGCUGGCUGUGACCCCAACAUCCUCACAAUGGCCAAAGGCAGUGCUCUCCAUUCAGUUUCAGAAAGAGGAGACACGUCUCUUGUCCAACUCCUCUUAGAGUACAAAGCCCACACAGACCUCAAGAAUCAGAACCUAGAGGCUCCUCUCCACCUGGCAGUGAAGAACAGUCACAUCCCUGUCAUCCAUUCUCUACUGACGGCCGGCUGCAACGUUGAUGUCACUGAUAAGAGGUCCCAGACAGCUAUGCAUCUUGCUGCAGAGCUGGCCAGAAUAGAAGUUGUGGAAAUGCUUCUUAAAUCCAGGGUGGACCUGACUCUCCGGGACAGGCAGGGUAAGACGGCUCUGGGUGUGGCAGUCAGAGCAGAUGAGGUGAUUAUAGUGGACAUGAUCAUCAAAGCAGAAAGACACUACGCUUGGAGGAAGGCCAACCCUGAGAUUAAUCAGAGUGUUCACAGCGAGUAUCCACUAACGUUUAAACUCGACCACCGCUAUGAGACAAAGCAGCUCCGUUCAAUGACCUGGCACCUGGCGUACAAGCUCCUGAAACCAGGAGACUGGAAAAGACUGGCACAACACUGGGGCUUCACUAAGGAGCAAGUGUCGGCCAUCGAGGAGCAGUGGACAGGUCAGCACAGCUAUCAAGAGCAUGGGAACAGGAUGCUGCUGAUCUGGCUGCACGGGGAGGAGUUGGCUCAGAAGUGCCCUGCUAGAGAACUCUACCAAGGCCUCAUCCUCACAGGAAACAAGAAAGCUGCAGAUAAGAUUCGGAUGGAGGCAGAGAAUGCCAGUAGUAAGAGCUGCAACAUUUCAUGAGGAUUAACACUGCAAAAUAUGGACGGGCACAAUUAACUUCAUGUACAUCAUUUAAUAAUUUAUUCUAAAAAUAAAAUUCUGAUCAUUAA